GUUGAUCUUUCUGCAUGUUUCUGACUUGGGAGCUGGUUUUUCCAUUGACUCGACAUUUCCUUCCUUCUUUUAAUAAGUGCACCAAGUGAGGAUCUGAAUUGAGCAGAAAUUUACAGUUAAAAAGAGUAAAGAUGGCUAUUUUCAUGAGUAUGAGGCCAAUUGCCUCUCGAUUCAGAGCUUCAACUUCUGCUCUUCCUGCCAUAGCUCGUACUUACUCUGCCUGGUCAGUGAAAUCCUACGACUUCAUUCAAACGACGGAGCCACGGCCAGGAGUAGGGCAAAUAACUCUCAACCGCCCCAAAGCCCUCAACGCCAUCUCCACGCCCCUCAUCGACGAACUUAAUCACGCCCUCCAAGCCUUCGACCAAAGCCCAGAUAUCUCUGCAAUUCUCCUCACCGGCAGCCAGAAAGCGUUCGCCGCAGGUGCAGACAUCAAAGAAAUGAGCACCCUCACCUUCUCCGAAGCCUACACAACCUCCUUCAUAGAAUCUUGGUCUCAACUAACCACCACCAUCAAAAAACCCAUAAUUGCCGCCGUCUCAGGCCACGCACUCGGCGGAGGCUGCGAACUAGCACUUAUGUGUGAUGUCCUGUAUUGCACGGAAACAGCGAAUUUUGGACAGCCGGAGAUUAAGUUGGGCACGAUUCCCGGUGCGGGAGGAAGUCAGAGACUGACGAGGGCGAUUGGGAAGGCGAGGGCGAUGGAGCUGAUUUUGACGGGGAAGAGCUUUAGUGGGAAGGAGGCUUUUGAGUGGGGUGUUGCGGCCAGAACGUUCCCUACUUGGGAGGAGUUGAUUGAGGGGAGUUUGGCGACGGCGGAAACGAUUGCGGGGUAUAGUAAAGUGGCGGUUAUGGCUGCUAAGGAGGUGGUGAAUAAGAGUCAAGAUCUGCCAUUGAGAGAUGGGGUGGAGUAUGAGAGGAGGGUUUUCCAUAGUUUGUUUGGCAGUGAGGAUCAGAAGAUUGGGAUGAAGGCUUUUGCGGAGAAGAAGAAAGCUGAGUGGGUCCACAAGUAGGGAAAGUGCUGUAAAAGCGGUAUCAUUGUUUGUAAAUUGCUAGAUGCAUUUAUGCUAAACUCCCUGGC